UUCUUUCUGCAGGCGAAAGCGUUCCAGUGACCAAAACCAGUCUGCCCAGUUCGGGCGACGAGGCUGCAAGGAGAUACAGCAUGGAGGAACACAAGAGACACACACUGUUCUGUGGAACCCACGUCAUCCAGACCCGCUUCUACACCGGCGAGCUGGUGAAGGCCGUGGUGAUCCGAACAGGCUUCAGUACAGAGAAGGGCCAGCUGGUGCGCUCCAUCCUCUACCCUAAGCCCACAGACUUCAGGCUGUACCGGGACGCCUACCUCUUCCUGCUGUGUCUGGUUGGUGUGGCGGGCAUCGGCUUCAUCUACACCAUCAUCCUCAGCAUCAUGAACAAGGUUUCAGCUAAAACCAUCAUCAUCGAGUCUCUGGACAUCAUCACCAUCACCGUUCCGCCAGCCUUACCGGCGGCCAUGACAGCCGGCAUCGUGUACGCACAGCAGCGUCUGAAGCGCGUCGGCAUCUUUUGCAUCAGUCCUCAGAGGAUCAACAUGUGCGGCCAGCUUAACCUGGUCUGCUUUGACAAGACUGGCACCCUCACUGAGGACGGUUUGGACCUGUGGGGCAUCCAUAGAGCAGAACAUGGCAGCUUUGUUGCUCCGGAGCCGGGCCCAGUCGAGGAGCGCUUGGUGAAGAGCACCUUCAUGGCCUGCAUGGCAACGUGUCACUCUCUCACCAAAAUAGAGGGAGAGCUCUCCGGAGACCCUUUAGAUCUGAAGAUGUUUGCCGCCACAUGCUGGGUCUUAGAGGAACCGACAGAAGAAGAAACUGCACUUCACAAUCCGCUGAUGCCCACUGUGGUUCGACCUCCAAGGCGAGCCGUCACUGGAGACGGUCAGAGCCAAUCGCAGGUCCAGAACACGUCCUGUGAGAUGGGCAUAGUGCGACAGUUGCCCUUCUCCUCGGUGCUGCAGAGGAUGAGCGUGGUGGUCAGAAGGCUGGGGGACAAACACAUGGAAGCCUUCCUGAAGGGGGCACCGGAGGUCGUGGCUGGCCUUUGCAAACCAAACUCAGUCCCACAGAGUUUCACUGAGACUCUGGAGAGCUACACCAGGCAGGGCUUCAGGGUGAUCGCAUUGGCACACCGACAGCUGGAGUCCAAACUGUCCUGGCACAAAGUCCAGACGCUCAGCAGGGAUCUGAUAGAGACCGACAUGGAGUUCCUCGGGUUGAUCGUCAUGCAGAACAAAAUCAAACAGGAGACGGCCGGCGUUCUGACUGAGCUCCGGAGGGCUAACAUCCGCACUCUGAUGGUCACAGGGGACAACAUCCUGACAGCUAUCUCUGUGGCUCGAGACUGCGGCAUGAUCCGUUCACACGAGAACGUCAUCGUCGCUGAUGCUGCGCCCCCCAGAGACUCCUGUCCCCCCUGCAUCACGUGGCGUUAUGUGGAGAACCUCGCUCAGACUGCCAGGGACGAUCAGGGUGCACAGAUCCUCGUGGAGGAUGAGAUGUAUCACUUUGCUCUGAACGGUAGAGCCUUUGCUGUUAUCACAGAACACUUUCCUCAGCUAAUACAGAAGCUCGCUCUAAGAGCCACCGUGUUCGCCCGCAUGGCGCCAGACCAGAAGACCCAGCUGGUGGAGAUCCUGCAGGGCAUUGACUACAUUGUUGGAAUGUGUGGCGACGGCGCCAAUGACUGUGGGGCCCUGAAAAGAGCACACAGUGGGAUUUCUCUGUCUGAGCUGGAGGCGUCGGUCGCCUCUCCCUUCACUUCCUCCACCUCCAACAUCUCCUGUGUCCCCAACCUCAUCAGGGAGGGACGAGCCGCCCUCAUCACGUCGUUCUGCGUCUUUAAGUUCAUGGCUCUCUACAGCAUCAUCCAGUACAUCAGUGUCAUUUUGCUUUACUGGAUCCUCAGCAACUUGGGAGACUUCCAGUUUCUCUUCAUUGACCUCGUCAUCAUUCUCAUCAUCGCCUUCACAAUGAGUCUGAACCCAGCGUGGAAGGAUCUGGUGAGGCAGCGUCCUCCGUCCAGUCUGAUCUCGGGCCCGCUGCUCUGCUCGGUUCUGACCCAGAUCCUCACUUGCCUGGCCUUCCAGGUCUUGACUUUCUACUUGGUGCAACAGCAGAGCUGGUACGAGACAUGGACGCCUCAGUCAGACGUCUGUAACGUCUCCCGAGCCAGCAGCUUCUCCGACCGCCACAACGGAACAACCUCUCACGACCACAAAAACAUCCGCAACUACGAGAACACGUCCCUCUUCUACGUGUCGUCCUUCCAGUAUUUAGCCGUGGCUAUAGUUUUCGCCAAAGGGAAGCCCUUCAGGCAGCCGAGUUACAAGAACUGGCCGUUCAUGCUGUCCUGUGUCAGUCUCUACUCUUUUCUCCUCUUCAUCAUACUGUUCCCCAUCUCUGCUAUCGAUAACUUUCUAGAGAUCGUGUGUGUUCCACAUGACUGGCGUGUUACUCUGGUCAUCAUUAUUGCAGUGAAUGCCAUCGUGUCUUUCAUGUUGGAGAUUUUGAUCGUUGACAUCAUCUUGUGGAGGCUUGUUUUCAGAGGAAGUCAGGGGGCCAAUGGCCCCAGAGAGUCCUCCUCUGGCGACACACCACAGGUUGCUAAUGACAGCUGGGGCGCGUUGUUCCUGUCCCGGUUGUUCUGUCAGAGGAACAAGCCGCCGAAGGUUCUGUACAGGCACCUGGCCCUGGAGCUGCAGGAGGACGCUGACUGGCCCCCCAAACCCUCUACUGUCACGUACGCCGCUGAAGCACAGCCCCACAUCUCUGCGACUCUCUGAUCCCUGCAGGGGGCGGAGCCUGACAUGUCCUACUGAUACAGACUAACACACACACACACGGUCUCCUACUUGAUGUCCUUCAUUCUUACCCACCAUAUCAAAGUGAACUAAACUCUGAAUCCUGGGUUGAGCCAGAGGUCUUUCCAUUUUUGGAGCCUUGUAUGCUAAUGCUAAUGCUAUGGAGCAACUGUCAUGAAUCAUACUUGAACGUUCUAAUGAGUGCAGAAAUGACGAGCAUAUCGUUUGCCCUCAUACAGAUUUCAUCUCUUUUGUUGUCACAGUUACAUGUUUCAGAUCACCAAAC